GGCCGGUACACAAAAUUUCGGCCAGUACACUUCAGCCCCAAAUAAAAAAAAAAAAAAGAUUUCUUAGUCCAAAACGACGUCGUUGUGGACUAGGGCUUUUAAACCUUGCAAAUUUGCAAUUUCAGAUCGAACAUCAGACAAAGUCGAACAUCGCAUAGCCUUGCCCUCCGAUCCGACCCUCUUCACCAGUGGUGCAGGGCGUGCAGUUGCUGCUGCUCCUCCUUCCUGUUUUGCGAAUCGGCGCCCUAGAUCUUGGACUUAGUGUGGAGAUCAAUUCGUGGGCUUGUAAUUUCAGAUUGAAUCUCUGUAGGGGUGAUGGUGGUCGUCGCAGAUCUGCAGAAGGGAGAAGGGAGAUGGUGAAGGUUGGAGGUGAAGGAAUGAGGGUGAUGGUGGCCGUCGCAGAUCUGCAAAAGGGAGAAGGGAGAAAAAUCGAGAGGCUUUCUUUUUCUUUUUUUUUUUUUUAGUCUGCCGUUUCUUUCACAGUUUAAAAGAGGGAAACUAGGGUUUCUUUUAUUGUUAAAUUUGGGUUUUGAUGGGCUGGGCUAUGAAAUUGGGUUGGAACUUGAAUUAAAUUGUUGGUGACAACAAUGGUGCUGAAUGUGGACCUACAGUGCUCAAAAUGCUACAAGAAGGUCAAGAAACUUCUCUGCAAAUUUCCUGAAAUACGAGAUCAGACGUAUGAUGAGAAGGCAAACAAGGUGACAAUUAAGGUGGUGAGCUGCUCGCCAGAGAAGAUCAGGGACAAGUUAUGCUGAAAGGUGGUGGGUGCAUCAAGAGCAUUGAGAUCGUAAAGCCGCCUGAUCCGCCUAAGCCCAAGGCUGAGCCUCCGCCUCCGCCUCUGUGUAAGUGUGAACUAUCUAUAGAUCUGCAACUCCGGGGGACGGCGGCAGAUCCAGAUGGCGGCAAGGACACAACUGGAGGAUUGGAGAUUCUAGGAAUAGGACAUAGGGACAGUAAGAGAGAUAGAUGGGGGAAACGGUUUGGAUUUGUCCGAAUGCUAGGAGUGCAAGAUGUUAAGCAACUUGAAGAGAGACUAAAUAGGAUAUGGAUCGGAUCCUAUAAGCUGAGGGCAAGAGUGGCAUCUGUCAGGAGGCAGAGAGGGAUAGGAAAUCAGAGGAAUGCUGGGAAGAAGGCUGGGACUGACAGGGCUAUUAUGGGAUCUUCAAGGAAAGAUAGUGCUCUAGUUCUGAAUAAACAAGCAGAAAAGAAGGUGAAAUCUGCAGCUAUGGAUAGGGUAUCUAUUAAUCAAAGGAAGUUUGUGAAUCUUGAGGGGGAAAGCCCCGGUGAUAAGGAGGGAGUUGUGAACACGGGAUACAAUAGGGAGGAAAUUAUAGAAUUUUAUCCAUUGAAAGAGGAGAAUCAAUGGUUGCACAAAAUUGUAAAGACAUUGAAGUUAAAAGUGGAGGAGAUGUUGUAUCAGAUUGGAGUGACGGAGGAAGAGUGGAGGGCCAACCCGGAUUGGUGGCUGUCGGAGGAUGAUCGGAGGGAAGAGACAGAAACGAAUUCCGAUAAUUCCUCAUCGGAACAGGGUGAAGAGGAUCACGAAUUUAAUUAUUCCGUGAUUCAAGGUGAUGAUGUAGAUGACGUAGAUGAGAUUGAUGGGGAACGGCUACAAGUAGAGGGAAAUUCAAAUUCAAAAAAAGCUGUAAUAACAGAGGGUAUGGGGUUUGCGAAAAAGGAGAACAAGGAGUUGGAUGGGCUCAAUAAUCAAAAGGGCCUGAUAAGGGAUGCAAAAGAUGGGCCAGAAGAAGAGUUUAGGCUGAAUAUGUCAGUUUGGGAACUAGGGAUUCGAGAGAGAAAAAAAAAGAAAGAACUAAAAACUUGCUACCCACAAGAGAAGCUCGCAAGCAGUGAAGUGAGGGCUCAAGGGAGCUCAGACACAACUAUGCAGAGACAUCAUCGAAACCAGGAAGAACAACAGAAAGUCCAGAAUGGGGCGGCGGUGCAGGAUCAACGGGCUGGGAGUUCUUCUUUGUCUGACGGGUGCAUAGCUCACAGAAACAAGGUGAUACGUAGGGAGAUGAACAUUCCGGAGGUAAGAAGGAUAUUUAAUUUAGGCAAACGCUUGGGUAUAGAAGUGGGUGAAAAUGAUGAGGAAGUUCAGUCAAGAUUAAUGGAGUUGGAGGUGAGGGACGAAGGACAAGGGAGAGGGUUGGAAUUUGUGAAACAAGGGGAGUUUUCAGGUGACGGGUUUGUGGGUAUUUUAAGUGAAUGGGGAUCACAGAAGUUAAAGUGUAAUUUGGUGAAUAUUUAUGCCCCAAAUGAUAGAAAAAAGAAACUCAAGCUGUGGGAAGAACUUCGACAUAUGAUAGUGGAGGAGGAAGGCCAAUGGCUGAUUGCUGGAGAUUUCAACGUUGUUAGGUCGGACGAAUUGUCUAUGAGUCGGUUAGACAAGGUCUUGAUGUCGGAUGAGAUGUGCAAUUUGGGAAAGGAAUGGGUGCAGCAAGGAUUGAAGAGGACUGUGUCAGAUCAUUGUCCGAUUAUGGUCAAAACAACAGUAGCAGAUUGGGGACUGAAGCCUUUUCGAAUAUGCUUGCAGAAGCUAAAGAGAUUAAAAGAAUUUUUGAAAGGUUGGAAUAAGGAGGUGUUUGGGAACAUGGAAACACAAUUCAAAAAUGUUGUAGAAAAAGUUGAAAGGAUUGAUUUGAAAAAUGAAGUGGUGGAACUGGAGGGAAGCGAGGUGAAACAAAGGAAAGAAGGUUUUCAGCAGAUAUGGGACAUGUUGAGGAUGAGAGAGGCUAUAUGGAAGAAAAAAUCAAGAAGGUUGAGGAUUAACUAUAGCAAAAGCAGUAUCUAUGGACUUAAUGUGAAAGAGAGCUGGGAGGUCAAUAUUACAGAUGUGGAGAAGCUUCGAGUGUUAAAGAUUUGGGGGGACAUUCUUAGUAUAGGCGGGAAAUCCAAUAGAUUAAAAACUAUGCUGGUGAAGGGGUUUAAGUGGGAGGUAGGAGAUGGAAGUAGGGUGGGUUUUUGGAGACAAAAUUGGGUGGAGAAUAAUUCUUUAAGAGAUUCAUUCCCACGGCUUUUUCAAUUAGCCACUAACAAGGAGGGUAUGGUUCAGGAGUAUGGGAUUUGGGAAGGGGAUAGUUGGAGAUGGGAAAUAGGGUGGCGAAGAAAAAGGAUGGGUCAGGAGCAAGAUGAGGAAAAAGAGUUGUGGAAGGUAUUGGGUAAUAUACAGCUUAGGAAAUAUGUAGGCGACUAUUGGAAGUGGAGGUAUGAUGUGGAGGGUAGGUUGGUGCCUUCUAAAGUGAGUAUUUUUGGGUGGAGGUUGUGCUUAGAUACACUCCCAACAAGAGGGAAUUUACAGAAACGAGGAGUGACCUUACAGGGGAGUAAUAUGAUGUGUGGAUUAUGCAAGAAGGGGGUGGAGGAGGUUGAUCAUCUAUUUUGCACGUGUAUGGAAGCUUGGGUAGUUUGGGUUAAGAUGAUUAAGUGGUGGGGUAUGGAGGUGGUGAUGCCGGAUACAGUGAAGGGUGUGGCAGAGAUUUUCAUCUACGGUUUAGGCAGUUUGGUAGGCAAGGAGAUGGGAGCAUGCAUUUUUCUUGUUACUGCUUGGUAUUUGUGGUAUUGGAGAAAUGGUUUGGUAUUUCGGAGGGAGGAGGAUAUUAGGGAGCAAUUGUUGGAGUUGAUUCAAGUUAAGACUGACUUUUGGGUAAGAUAUAAGGUGGCUGGAUGUGUUUUUUCGUUGGUCCAGUGGAAAAGUAACUCGAUGGAGUGUGCAAGGGAGCUGAAGUGGUACAAGAAAUCCUUGAAGAUGUUUAAUCAGCAACAGAAAUGACUUCAGUCCUUAAGUUGAAGUGCGUUAUUUACUGAUUAUUUUUGUUCUUUGGGGGGUUUUUAUAAUUUUUGUGCACCUGCAGUGUCUUUUUCAAUGUGUAGGGAGUAAUUGUUUUCUUUUUUAUAAAAGGGCAAGAGUAUC